UGGCGACGUGUACCCGGUGUGUGGAAGUGUUCAGGUAUCUCACCUCUGCUGGGUUACAAGCUGCCAUAAACACCUAAAAAGCCUUAAAAUAGCGAAAGCAUGGGAGGAUCGCAGAGUGUGGAGAUACCGGGGGGAGGCUCCGAGGGCUACCACGUCCUCCGGGUUCAGGAGAACUCACCUGGACACCGUGCAGGACUGGAGCCUUUCUUUGACUUCAUUGUCUCCAUCAAUAACACCAGACUGAACAAGGACAACGACACUUUGAAGGACUUGCUGAAAGCCAGCGUAGAGAAACCAGUUAAGAUGCUGGUUUACUCCUCAAAGACUCUGGAGCUGCGGGAGUCCACUGUCACACCCAGCAACUUGUGGGGGGGGCAGGGCUUGCUUGGUGUCUCUAUUCGUUUCUGCAGCUUUGAAGGAGCCAAUGAGAAUGUUUGGCAUGUGCUGGAAGUAGAGCCGAAUUCCCCAGCAGCCCUUGCUGGCUUGCGGCCGCACACCGACUACAUCAUUGGAGCCGACACUGUUAUGAAUGAGUCAGAGGACCUGUUCUCUCUGAUAGAGAGCCACGAGGGGAAAGGCCUGAAGCUCUAUGUGUACAACACAGACACUGACAACUGCAGAGAGGUGGUCAUCACACCUAACAGUGCCUGGGGAGGCGAGGGCAGCCUCGGUUGUGGGAUUGGCUAUGGAUACCUUCACAGGAUUCCCACACGGCCUUUUGAGGAGGGGAAGAAGAUCAGCUUCCCUGGAAAUAAUCCCAGUGAGCCUGUCAGUCCACUGAAGGAUGGAUUCACUGAGGUCCAGCUUUCAGCAGUGACCCCUCCUGCCACUGCACCUGCUGCCUCCACAGGCCUAGAAAAUUCACUGUCCGGCCUGUCAAUCAGCACAGCCCCGCCCACCAUGCCCAGUGAGCUGCAGACAGGUUUGCCUACAGUCCCUCUGCUCCCUUCCUCCACCAACCCCUCCCUCAGCCCCCUCACUCCACUGAAUCCCGCCACCACCAACUUCAACCCCGCCACCACGCUACCAGGUCUGAUGCCCCUCCCAGGUGGCUUACCUCCGCUCCCUAACCUUCCCAAUCUCAACCUGCCACUCCCAGACCUCAGUGCCGUGCCACUAGCAGGCGCCGGCACUUUACCACCGCCAGUAGGGACGACAGUCCCACCUCUGGCCGCUCUCCCACCCCUCAACUUGCCAGGUCUGGCCCCGUUCCCCCCUCUACCCACUGUGCUUCCCUCCCAGCUGCCUCCUCUCCUUCCUCAGGGAAUGGCCCCUCUCUUACCCACGUCCACCGUCGCCCUUCCCGCCUCGGUCACAGUCACAGCAGCGCCUGCCGCUAACCCUGCCGCUGACUCCACGUCACCCACGGAAGCCGUCUCAACGAACACCACGGAAGCACCGGCCCCCACGGAAACAACACUAACGUCGUCGUAACCUGGGAAACAAGAUUCCGCUUGCCAUCAAACCAAAACACACACCCGGUUUCUCUCUUUCCCCCCGUCUGUCUUUCUCCGUGUUUUUCUAUUUAUUUGGCCAAGAGGGACAGGCAGACAGCUGCACCAGUUCAGACACAGAGGUCAGCAUGCUCCGGUUUUGCGUGAGGAAGCUUGUGUGGCACGAUGAAGGAUGGGUGGAUAUGAAGAAUGGAGGACAGAUCUAGACUGGUCUUACCAACAUGUCUUUAUUACCAGAUUGUCACGGAGCUACUGUAUGAGGAGGACGAGGUCUACUCUUCGUUUUAUAGUUUGCUUUGCACUUCUGCAGUUACAUCCAGGCAAAGAACUAUCUUAGGAUUUCCCCCCUUUCUGAUCUGGCGAUCCUCUCUGUUUCACAGUUAAUUUCUAUAUAUAAACAAUGUAUGUUUAAGGGGCUGGACGAUGAAUCGAAUUUACUGAAUUAUUAUCUACAUUGUGACGCCUAUAUAAAUAAACUGAGUAUAGCUACAACAACCACUGACCUGUAACUGGAAGUUCAGCCAACCAAUCAGCUCACUGUCCAGUCAUUUAAGUGGUCAUACUGGAAUAAACCAAGACAACGAUAUCAGACGUGGCCAACACAGGGAAUGAUCGUGCACUGCUGUAUUAAAGAAUAGGUAAAUAUUAUAGAUUUUGGGUUCAGUCGUCCAGCCCUGACAUGUAAUCUUUUAUUAUUAGUUAAUAGACCCCCUGACCAAUAGAUUAAUUUGAUUGCCGUAUUAAUCUUUGUUGAAAUUUCUGUAUGAGUGUUUUCACCCAAUGAAUGAAUCUGCAUAAUUUUGCACCAGAUUUGUGUUUUGAAAUUAUUAGUCUGUCCCUUUUGUAUGUCUCCACGUAUACCCAGAACUCUACAGUACACGCCGUCUCUACCACACGGAGACCGUAACAGCCUGACGGCCAUGCCAGAGGACACCAAGGUUUACAGUUACAAGAGCUACUGAGUGUGUGUUUGCUGUUGGGUGAUUAUUAGUGGGGUGAAACAUAGGUGUAGAGUCACUGAAUACACAUUACGUCUCCUGGCAUGGCCGACGCGAAUUGGUAAGCAGAGUUGCAGUGAUGCAGAACAGCCACAACGUGUCACUGUAACAGCAGUUUCUGAAAACAUCUGCAGUAUGCACAGUGCAAGCAAUAAAGCCAAAUAAAUUUUA